GAUCCAAACACAAUUUGAAUAAGGCUGGAUUUUCUCCGCCGCCACCGCACAAACUGCAGCGAUAGAAUCAUCGGUGCCAAUGACUGUGUCGACGUGCACCUCCGAGACGGUGACGGGCAAGCACGUGUUCAGGAUCGCCGACUACCAUAUACGCAAGGGUUUGGGCGUCCGCGAGUACAUACAGUCAGCCACCUUCGCCAUCGGCGGCUACGACUGGUGCGUUCGCUACUACCCCGACGGAGAAACCCAGGAUUGCAGGGGCUACGUCUCCAUCUUCCUUGAGCUCCUGACCAGGAACGCCAAGGUUAGGGCUGAGUAUGAAUUCAGGCUCGUCGACUCGGGCAGCGCGCUGCCGCCGUCGCCAGUGACACAUCUGUUUACUAACAACUACAACACAGUCGACCCGGAUGAAGAUCCUGCUAGCUAUGGAGCUCAUAGGUUUAUGAAACAGCAGGAGGUAAAACCGUACGUGCGGGACGACUGCCUGGAGAUUGAGUGUGAAGUCGUCGUUAUCAAUGCUAUAACAAAACUUGAGGUGCAGGAUGUGCCGCCCUCGGACCUGCCGAAUCAUCUCCGGAAAUUGCUGGAUGGCAAGAGAGGAGCAGAUGUGACGUUUGAGGUUGAAGACGAGGUUUUCUCUGCUCACAAGAUUAUGCUCGCGACGCGAUCACCGGUUUUCGAUGCUCAGCUCUAUGGACCUCUGAGUGAUUCCAUGAGUAAGAACAUAAUCGUCAAAGACAUGGAGCCCCCUGUUUUCAAGGCAUUGCUUUACUUCAUCUACACGGAUUCUCUGCCUGCUAUGGAUGACGCUGAUGAUGGUGAGAGUGAAGACAUGGUUAAGCACUUGCUCGUGGCUGCCGAUAGGUAUGCCAUGGACAGGAUGAAGAUGAUGUGUGAAGAUAUUCUAUGCAAGAGCCUUGAUGUCGAGACCGUGGCAACCACGUUGGCUCUAGCUGAUCAGCAUCACUGCAGCAAGCUGAAAGAUGCUUGUGUUGAAUAUAUCCUCUCUUCAAACAGACUGAAUGCUGUGGUGGCAAGCAAAGGGUACGCACACCUCAAAAGAUCAUGUCCUGCUCUCAUGUUUGAUCUCUUUGAGAGGGCUACCAAGUCUCACAAAAUUUAACUGCUCUUGGAAGUGUUUAAUUACACCAUUAAAUGAUACUCCCUCCGAUUCAAAAUAAGUGUCGCAGCUAUGAACUAAGGUUAGUUCGACAUUAGUUCAAAACUGCGACACUUAUUAUGGAUCGGAGGGAGUAUAAAAGGCAGGCAUCCUAGGCUUGCCCCCGCCUUUGGUUUGUAACAGUAUCAUUUAAUAUAACGGUGUAAACACUUCUUCGAAAAAAGUCUGAACGCAGACAGGGUUUCAAAGAGGUGUAAACUUAGAAGUUGAGUUGAGAUACAAUAUAAAUGAAAAUGGUGAUCAUCUUCUAAUUCUGGAUCAUGCCAGAUUCGGACUUUCCUGACGUAAUUUGCAGCUUGGUCGACGUCCCUGAUGCAGUCACCUUUUCGCUAACAGAAGAAGAAGAAGCAACUAAACCGAACAAGUCUAUCUGCUCCACUCACAUAACAUAGCAUAUCCUAAUCCAGUCACAUACCACAUCAUGCUCUGACCUAGGAUCACUACCACUCAACAAAUAAGAAAAUAUUGCUCAUAAACUCCCGACUAAACAAGUUUCAGCUAUCAGCUGCGAAAGAAAAUGCGGCUCACUGGUCUCCCUUCACGGCGUCCAUGUCAUUCACGUAGACAUCAUCCAAGCUCCUCUUGCUAUCCUUCAUGGUGUUCUUCAGA